CGGCCGAGGAAGGUGCCUGGCUGCUGCCGCCGCCGCCAGCCUCGCCUUGGAGGAGCUGAGCCCGCCCUGCCUGCCCGAGGCGAAGACGGCAGCGCCUCCUCUCCGCCCGCUGACUCCGGAGGCGGCGCAGCAGCAAGCGGAGGUCUCUCUCUCCUGCUGCCACCCCAUGCCUGACUCUGUGGAGCCCCCUGUGGUCGUGGGGAAGGAGCCUCGCUCCCAAGGCGGCAUGUGCUGCUCUCGCGGGCUGCCUCAUCCUGCUGCGGGCCGCCGCCGCCUCCGCCCUUUCUUCUCACCCUGCCGCCGCCGCCAGGAGAGGCCAAGGAACCAGCAGGGCUGCAUUUCUGGCAUUCCUCCCCAGUGCCGAAGAUGAGCGGAGGGUUUCGGAGGAGGAGGAGGAGGAGGAAGGGAGACUGAAAGAGACGCCACACAGUUGGGCCCCGGCUGACAAAGGGAGCUGGCCAGGCUGGAGGGGAGAGACUUCUGCCCACACUUUCCUCCAGAUAAAAGUUAAAAUUUAACAGAUGCAAGAAGACAAAUCUCUGGCCUACAUUGAGGACAACGAUCACGUGGCUUCUUUGCCCUUGGAGCUUUUAUCUUUUGCUGGCAGAUAAAACCAGCUUGCAUUUUUCCAGUAUCUUGCUAGACUUUUGAGAACUCCUGCCACCGAGUGUCCUGAAGUUAAGGCUCUCAUUUGAAACCAGUGGAGAGGCAAAAGCAGGCUCUGCAAGCCAAAGAAGCAAGUUCUCUUGUCCGGUGAAGACUCCGAGAGCCUUGGGCACCCCCACCCCCCCAGCCAAUCUGGGCACCAAGCAGGCCCUGGAAGGCAGCUGCAGUUUCUCGGAGCCAGAAGCUGACGGCGUAAACAUGGAGAAAACUGGAGGGAGGUUUUUCAGCGGGAAGCGGCCCAGCUUGCCAGGGCCACAUCCGCUCCCCAUGGUGCAGAAGAUGGUGGAGUCGCUGGCCCAGAUGCAAGAAGAGAAGUUGCAGCUGCAGCAAGAAUUGCGGGCCCUGCAGGAGAAGCUUUCUGUGCAAGAGAGCAGCCACCUCACGCAGGCAGUGCAGCUGCAGAACCAGACAGAAAGUCUGAAGGACAAACUCUUGGAACAAGCCCAGGAAAUGAACAGGCUCCAUUCUGCACUGGGUGGCACAGACCUGGAGAAGCACCGGGACUUGCUGGUUGCCGAAAACCUGCGUCUCAAACAGGAGAUGAAGGCGUGCGAGGCCCAGCUGCAGGAGCUCAAGCGGCAGUCGGUGAAAUGUGUCGGCUGUGAGCACAGCCAGGAGAAUGUGAGGCUGCAGGAGAAGCUGGCGCAGCUCAAGCAGGAAGCGGAAGAGGUGAAGGGGCGCUUGUCGGAGCUGGACCUGGAAGUGGAGCAGAAAACCAACCGCCUGGCGGAGGUGGAGCUUCGGCUGAAGGACUCGCUGGCAGAGAAGGCCGAGGAGGAGGAGCGGCUCAGCCGGCGGCUGCGGGACAGUCAGGAGACCAUCGCCAGCCUCAAAGCCCAGCCUCAGCAGAUCAAGUAUGUCAUCAGAACGGUGGAAGUCGAGUCCUCCAAGACCAAGCAAGCCCUCUGCGAAACCCAGUCCCGGAACCAGUAUCUGCAGGAGCAGGUUGGGAUGCAGAGGCAGGUGCUGAAGGAGAUGGAGCAGCAGCUGCAGAGCUCUCAGCAGGCAGCAGCCCAGCUCAGGGCACAGGUCAUGAUGUACGAGUCUGAGCUGGAACGGGCUCACGAGCAGAUGCUGGAGGAGAUGCAGAGCAUGGAGGAGGACAAGAACCGAGCGAUCGAAGAAGCCUUCGCCCGGGCGCAAGUAGAAAUGAAAGCUGUGCACGAGAAUCUUGCAGGGGUGCGGACCAACCUCCUUACACUCCAGCCAGCUCUUCGGACCCUCACCAAUGAUUACAAUUGCCUGAAGAGGCAGGUCAGGGAGUUCCCUCUUCUGCUUCGAGAAGCCCUUCAGAGUGCCAAGACGGAGAUCGGGCAGGCCAUUGAAGAGGUGAACGGCACAAACCAGGAGCUGCUGAGGAAAUACCGCAGGGAACUGCAGCUCCGGAAGAAAUGUCACAACGAGCUUGUGCGGCUGAAAGGAAACAUCCGUGUAUUUGGCCGCGUCAGACCAAUAACUAAAGAAGAUGGUGAAGGGCCAGAGGCUGCCAACGCAGUGACUUUUGACCCGGAGGAUGAUGCCAUCUUGCAUUUGAUGCACAAAGGGAAGCUGGUUUCGUUUGAGCUGGACAAGGUUUUCCCCCCCAAAGCAACCCAGGAAGAUGUUUUCCGAGAGGUUCAAGCCUUGGUCACAUCCUGCAUUGAUGGCUACAAUGUCUGCAUUUUUGCUUAUGGACAGACGGGUGCUGGCAAGACAUAUACGAUGGAGGGAAUUCCUGAAAACCCCGGGAUCAACCAGCGGGCUCUGCAGCUGCUCUUCUCAGAAGUGCAAGCGAAAGCUUCCGACUGGAACUACAAGAUCACUGUCAGUGUGGCGGAGAUCUACAACGAAGCCCUCAGAGACUUACUUGGAAAGGAGCCUCAGGAGAAGCUGGACAUCAAACUGUGCCCAGAUGGCAGCGGGCAACUCUAUGUGCCGGGUCUGACUGAGUUUCCUGUGCAUUGUGUGGAAGACAUCAACAAGGUCUUUGAGUUUGGACACAUCAACCGAGCAACUGAAUACACCCACCUGAACGAGCACAGCUCCCGGUCUCAUGCGCUCCUCAUUGUCACAGUGAGGGGAGUCGAUUUCAGCACCGGAAUCAGAACCACAGGGAAGCUGAAUUUGGUGGACCUGGCAGGCUCUGAGCGUGUGGGGCGCUCUGGGGCGGAGGGGAGCAGGCUCCGGGAGGCGCAGUACAUCAACAAAUCGCUCUCGGCUCUGGGAGACGUGAUCUAUGCCCUGCGUUCGCGCCAGAGCCACGUCCCCUUCCGCAACUCCAAGCUGACGUAUCUUCUCCAGGACUCGCUCAGUGGCGAUAGCAAGACCCUCAUGAUGGUCCAGGUCUCUCCUGUGGAGAAGAACACAAGCGAGACGCUCUGCUCCCUCAAGUUUGCCGAGCGGGUUCGCUCCAUAGAACUGGCCACCUGCUCUCGGAAGGCUGAAUUAGGCUCCUGGACCAGCCAGGAACACUUAGAGGCAGACCCAUCGGUCACUGUACAGCCCUGCAUUCGGUCACAGUCCUCUCCUCGGACGGGGCGAUCAAGUUCACUCCGGGCAAGGCUCCAGACGUCGGGGAAGCUGAGGCCAGUCCCUGUGUGAGAGGCAGCUGGCCUUAGGAACUGGGUUUUUCUAAUAUAAAGCUUGGGAAAGCAAGAAUCCUUCUAAAGAGACUCCAACCUCAGAGGCUGGUGGACAGUGGCUGACUUCAGAGCCUCCUGGGAGUGCAGCCUCUGAGAAAAGCUGGAUUUUGGCAUCCAUCAUCCUGAAGUCAAGGGUCCCUGCCAGCUACACCCACUCUGAGAGAUGACGACCUGUCCAUUGCUGGCAAUGGAGGAGGCUGGGCAUGGAUGCUGUUGGACUUGCGGAGAGAGAACAUCUGCCUAUUUGACCCAGGGCAACUUUUAGUAUAUUUUUAAACAGACUGGAGAUUCUGGGUGCUCUCCCAUCCUUUAACUCUUUGCUUUGAUUUGUAAAUGAAUAAAAACUCUCCACCCCAAAA